CUACAAUAUCCUCGUUUAUUUUCAAUGUAAAUCCACAUUCCCGCUCAUUCCCUUGUACCAAACAUUUGACCUUUCGUCCCCAAUCCAAAAGCCUAAUCCCUCUCUCUCUCUCUCUCUCUCUCUCUCUCUCUAAAAUUUCAAAUCUGCAAACCCUAGGAAGCAAAGCUCAGAGAUGAACCAGUACCACGUCUACGAAGCCAUUGGCCGCGGAAAAUGCUCGACUGUGUACAAGGGGAGGAAGAAGAAGACCAUCGAGUACUUCGCGAUUAAGAGCGUCGAGAAAUCGCAGAAGAGCAAGCUUCUGCAAGAAGUGAAGAUUCUUCACACUCUAGAUCAUCAAAAUAUCCUCAAGUUUUACUGGUGGUAUGAAACUUCUGCUCACUUGUGGUUGGUUUUGGAGUAUUGCGUUGGGGGUAAUUUGAUGACACUAUUAAACCAGGAUAAACAGCUACCUGAAGAGUCGAUUCAUGACCUUGGGUGUGACCUUGUUAGAGCUUUGCUGUUUUUACACUCAAAGGGAAUCAUAUACUGUGACUUGAAACCAUCAAAUAUCCUGUUGGAUGAGAAUGGCCGUACAAAGCUAUGUGAUUUUGGAUUGGCAAGAAAAUUGAGCGACAUAUCACAAAUCCCUUCUUCUUCUUUGCCGCAAGCAAAACGUGGAACACCUUGUUAUAUGGCUCCUGAGCUGUUUGAAGAAGGGGGUGUUCAUUCGUAUGCAUCUGACUUCUGGGCCCUUGGUUGUGUACUGUAUGAGUGCUAUGCUGGGAGGCCUCCUUUUGUUGGUAGAGAGUUUACUCAGCUGGUAAAAUCCAUUAUCUCAGAUCCAACACCGCCUCUACCUGGCACUCCUAGCCGUCCUUUUGUCAAUCUCAUAAAUUCUUUACUCAUAAAGGAUCCGGCAGAAAGAAUACAGUGGCUUGAACUUUGUUGUCAUGCUUUCUGGAGGACUAAGUUAACUGUAGUGCCUCUGCCUCCUCAGCCUGCUUUUGAUAAUAUGCUAGAACAAUAUGCUAAGCCAUGUCUGUCAGAGCGCAAUGGGGAUAAAUCUUCCCAAAUCAGAACUCCUAAAUAUCGCCAAAAUGAUGUUAAAGGAACUUUUAAGCAGGAUGAGAAUUCUGUUUUAGGAGCAAAAGGUCAUGAGACUCCAGUAAAGGGGACAUCUGGAGGCCGCAGAACUCAAGCAAAGGUUUCUGGCAGAGGGGUUGAUGAAAACCAAAAGGGUCCUUCUUGUGCCACUAGGGGUGUGAAUCUUUUGAGGCUCUCAAGAAUCGCAAAACAGAACCUGCAGAGGGAAAAUGAGAAGGAAAACUAUCGCAGGCCGGUGUCUACUAAUAGUUCUGAAGUCAAAAUUGAGAACACGGAUAUGGAACUUGACUUUAAUGAGAACGCAGAAGAAGACACACAGGAUGAAUCUGAUGGGUCCGAUAUCCAAGGUUGUACACCUGAUAACAAGUUUUCAAGUCAGCACCAGGGUAAUAUGGAAGAGAUGGAAAACAACUUGAACCAUUUGGAUGCCCUGCCUGUUGUUAGUACACCUGCCUCAGAUGAAUCCAAAGUUCAUAAUCAGGAACCAUCUCCCCAGAAUAUUGAAAUGGCUGCAAUUCCACCCAGUGCCAGUCCUCAAAUUAAAAAUCAGAGAUUUAAAGAAGGUUCAGGAUCGGCAGUUGACUAUGAUUCUUCAAAAUCUCCGAAUAACCUUUCACAAGUUCUUUGGCAUCCAUCAGAUCUCUCAGUCAGACCCGUGAUGCCCACCAGAAAAUCUGAUAAAAACUCGGAGGUAAUUCCUUCUCUUCCCUUUGAGGCACUGCAAGCCUCUGACUUUGUGAAGAUCUCUAAAGAGCAGUUGGAUGCACUCAGUUGUAAGAUUAUAGCCAUUUUUAAUGGGAACAGUAGCAUUGGUGAGAAGCAAAAUGUAAUUAGAUACCUUGAGAUGUUAAGCAUUAAUGCCGAUGCUGCAAAUGUCUUGACCAAUGGACCUGUCAUGCUUCUGCUGGUUAAAAUGCUCCGGCUGUCCAAGGCUUUGGCUUUACGUGUCCAACUUGCUUCACUGGUUGGUUUGUUGAUUCGACAUUCUACUUUUAUUCAAGAUGAUUUGGCAGAUUCGGGAAUUUUGGGUUCACUUGCUGAUGGCCUUAGAGACAAGCAGGAAAAGGUGAGGAGGUUUUCUAUGGCUGCUUUGGGUGAGUUACUAUUCUAUAUAUCCACCCAAAUUGAUCAUGCAGACAACAAUCCAGUAGAAUGUCCAUCAAAGGAAAGCCGGUCCACAUCUGGGUGGCAGGUGUCAAAUGCAUUGCUUUCAUUGGUUUCAUCAAUUUUACGAAAAGGAGAGGACGAUCUAACUCAAUUAUAUGCAUUGAGGACGAUAGAAAAUAUUUGCAGUCAAGCAGGGCCCUGGGCAGCUCGUUUGACUAGCCAGGACAUGAUUAAUAACCUAUGCUAUUUAUACAGGGCUGCUGGAAAACAGGAGAGCAUGAGGCUUACAGCAGGAUCAUGCUUGGUCCGUCUGGUUCGUUUUAAUCCACCUAGCAUUCAACCAUUAAUAGAGAAGCUCUCUUUAAAGGAAAUAGCAUCAGCACUUGUGAAGGGCAGUCUGCGUGAGCAGCAAAUAAGCUUAAACCUCUUAAACAUGGCCAUGCUUGGAAGUCAUAUGUUAACUAAUGUUGGCAGGUAUCUCCUCCCACUGAUGGAGGAUAAGAAUCUUGUCCCAAGUUUAGUGUCUCUUAUUGAUCAGGGAAGUGAGGUUUUGAAGGGAAAGGCACUUGUUUUCGUUGCUCUUCUUUGUAAGAGCAGUAGGAGGUGGCUGCCACAUUUUUUUUGCCAUGCCAAGUUGCUUUCUGUGGUGGACAGGCUGGUGAAAGAGAAGGACCAUUAUGUGCAGCAAUGUUUAGAGACAUCUUUGUGUGUUAUGGCGUCAACUAUACCCAGUUUACUGGAUACGAUUACUGGAGAUAUUCAGAAAACGAUGGGAGGCAGGCGCCAUGGGUAUCAAUCUCCCCUUAACAGUAGGGCUGCUCCAAAGACCAAUGUUUAUAUGUUUCCUGUACUUCUCCAUCUUCUUCGGAGCUUGUCUUUUAAGCGCAAGGUGGUGGGUGAACAGGUCCUGCAGCAGUUGGCAAAUCUAAUGAAACUCGUGGAGACACCAUUUCAGGGCAGGGACGACUUCCAGAUUACCCUUCUUCGAAUUCUUGAGUCUGUCUCAGAGGAGUCACAUGUAAUUCUUGAAAGCCCUGACGUUUUUAUUCAUGAAGUUCUCCCCAGUUUGGCUGUUCUUUAUAAGGGUAACAAGGAUGGUGAUGCCAGGUGUCUGUGCCUGAAAAUUUUGUUUGACGUGAUGGUAAUUUUUCUGAAUGAACAAUCUGAAAAUCAGCAAAGGUCCAAUGAACUGGAAUCCAUAUCCAAUAAGAAUUUUCUUCCUCUUUACCCAUCCUUAAUUGAAGAUGAAGAUCCGAUUCCCUUGUACGCACAAAAGCUUCUUGUGAUGCUUAUUGAACUUAAUUACAUCAAAAUUGCAGACAUUCUAGAUCUUAAGAUAGUCUCGCAAUGCUUUGAGUUUUUGCUCGGCGAUCUCUCAAGUGCAAAUGUGAAUAAUGUCAUGCUAUGUCUGGCUCUGACAUCAGCACCUGAAAUGGAAACCAAGUUGCUUUCUCAACUGAAGGUAGUUCGGAAAACAGGAAACCUUCUAGAGUUUGUGUGUGCAAAAGAUAUGGAAGAUUUUCUGGAACCAACCCUUGGCUUAUGCAGGGCUUUCCUUCUUCGGUCAGUGAGUGGUAGAAAAGGCUUCAUCUAUUCAAAAGAACCUGCUCUUCUAGGUGAUGCAUCUUGCGAGGCAAGCGGUGCUGAUCAGCAACAAGGCAUUAGAGAUAUCAUGGACUUCAGCAGCAACAUUGGCGUCUUACUAGAGUUGAGUAGAUCCCACGGAGUAAAUGUGGCAGAUCUAGCUUCAGAAUGCGUUGUCUUGUUGCUCAAGGCAGCUCCAAGGGAAGCCACUGCUGGUCUGCUAACUAAUCUUCCAAAAAUUACUGCAGUCCUCGAGUCUUGGCGUAGGGGCACAUCUCACUUAUUGGUGCAGCGGGUGCUGCAUGCCCUCGGUUAUUCAUGUAGGCAAUAUUUGUUACACGCAAUGAUACUGUCGAUAUCUAUACCCGAGAUCUCAAGAAUUGAAGGCAUUGUUUCUGAGCUUAAAGGUUCAGGUGUACCUGUUUUAGCCACUGCCGCUUUCCAUGUGGCUGUGGAGUUGCAACGGCUGCCUCGCUGCCUGUAAACUGUGGAGGCAAGAUGCUCGUUUCUUUUCCCUCUUUCGUAUCAUCACAAUUAUAAUCUCUCAAGUGUAACGAUUUCUUCUUUUGGCAUGCAAAUCAAUCGGCUUCUCCUGAGUUCUUGACAAAGAAUCGACAACUCAAUGAAGGUGAGUAUUUGUUCUGCAUUACGUUAGGGCCAAUCCAGCUCUGGUUGGCUUCUUGUAUAAUCUUUGCAGACUUAUAUCUCCAUUGGAUUUCAAUUUCUUUCGAUAUAUAUCUUUUUCUGGAAUUUGCUUCACUGCAAUUCGAUCAAAACUUCAUAUGCUAA